AUGCUCGGACUCCGGUUCAUUCGUCCCUGCAUCGCUCUCCUCCUCCUUGUUGCGGCUCUCGUUUCCGGGUUGUGUGACUGUACCGCAAAAGUCGGGAAGAACACCAUCGGCAAUGCCUACAAUUCGACCCAGUCUACGGCUGCAGUUAACGAAGCGAGGAGAUUAGAGGCGGCUAAGCAACAAGUCGGACUGAAAGUAAAAAACCCAUACCCUCAUUACUUCGGAAACGGGGAGGGGCUAGCAUUCACGGUAGCAGGCUGCGUGAAGCCUAACUUACGGGAGUUCCCCAUCCUCGCCGGCUCGCUGUACUCCAAUAAAUCCAAGACCCAAGGCGCCGACCGCGUCGUGUACACCAAUACGGGCACAUUCUGCGGUAAGUCUCCCGCCAAUCCGAUUAUCUUCUCCCACCAUGAUUAUAACCCCAAUCCAACUGUCCAAUGGCUGAUUUCGGAACAGGAUGCAUGA